GCUACUGAUCUGUACAGUAAAAACCAGUAGUACAUUUAACCAUUCAGCAAAUUUUCCUUAACGUAGCACGUACGUUUGUGGUUAUGUUGUUACAGAAGUAGUUGUAACUUGAAGGAAAAUUUGUAUAUUUUUAAACUUGAUUUAAUGCAUAGCUUUAAUAUGACGUAUAUAACUUCAUGGGAAGAAUUUUCAAAAGCUGCCGAAAGAAUAUAUUUGGCAGACCCUAUGAAAGUGAGUCAGAAGAAAUAAGGCUUAACAAGUGUAUACUGUUACUGUUAGUUCGAUUGGUAAUGAAGUAUCGACAUUGUGAUGGAAAAUUAGUCAUUAAGGUUACUGAUGACCACGUUUGUUUGCAGUAUCUCACUGAGCAUGCCCAGGAUGUGAAGAAAGUAGAGAAGCUAAGUAAUCAGUUGAUGAGGCACAUGGCAUCCAAAGAAAAGUGACGUUGUAGCUAACCAUUGGAUUUCGGUUCAUCUAGAAUGACAAUAGGAGAAGCACUUUACAAAUACCAGGAAUAACAAUUAGGCUGAACGAAAAGAUAUUAAACCAAGUUCACAAGAAAGAUAAUUGGUAUUGGGAAUUAAAACUAAGAAUGUUGGAUUUGAGGCACAAGCUUACCAAUUUUUUUACUGAAUAAAUCAUAACACUUGAGAUAAGUGAUAAGGCAUGUAUGAUAUGAAUAAAAGAUUUUGUCUCAGAAUAAA